AUGGAGAGUUUGGCCGUGGCAGGUGGCACGUCUAUGCUCAGCACUAACACCAUUGUCCCUGCUCUGGAGGGAGAGCAAGACAGGAACUUGGAGAGGGAAGAAACAGAGCAGGAAAUGUGCAGGUGUGACUGCAAACAUGUGGAGAGCAAUGCUGCCAUCAGCACCCUCAGGGAUGGAGUUGGGAUGGACACGUUGCAAGAACAAAUGGAGUGUUCUCCAAGUGAAAAAUGCAUGAAUGUCAGUUCAAGGACCCUUCCCAGUCAGGCAGAGAAUUUUCCAACUGAUAUCUCCCUGAAGUUAACAAUGGUGAAAAGAAAGAGUGGAUGUCCUGAUCCCAGGCUCCAAAGACAGCUCAGAGGGCAGCUCCGUCUCCUGGAAAAUGACAGCAAGGAGGUGAUGACUGUCUUCAGUGAGCUUUCUGCCAGACUCCUGUCUAUUCACAGUGAUCAAGAUUUAAUAGUGGUGACAUUUAAAACUUUUGAAGAAAUAUGGAAGUUUCUAACCUACCACUCACUGGGUUUUAUAAAUCAUUGCAUGGAGAAUUUAUUCCUAGACCAGUCUUUCUGGCUAUAUUCCCAAGAGGAGGAAGAUACAGGCAUUGAAGUCUGUAUAAAUGAAAAAUCAUUAAAUUUGAUGUACAGAAGUCUGCUAGUACAGGAAGGAACUUUUUUUGGUUUAUAUCCUGAUAAUACGAUAAGAAAGAUGAUGGUUACAGACAAUGAAAUGACUUAUUUUGAGACUGGGGCUUUUACUGGAGAUGUUAAAGGUGGAUCUGUGGAUAGUGACAUGCCCAUGUGGUCUAAUGCUUCCCUGGAGCCAUUGGAGCCUUUCCAUCAGUGGUUUCUUAAAGGGUAUUCUAAUCCCAUUGAUUUUUCGUAUAAAAAUGAAUCUAAGUCUAUCAGAAAAGUUGCAAGGGGAUCCUGUCUAGCUGUGAUGAAUCAUGAAAGUAUUGUGUCAGAAGAACUGAGUUUCCAGGAAGGGGACAAAAUUGAGAUCCUUGGCUACUUCAUUGAAUGCAUGGAAUGGUUUCUUGGAAGACAUGAGUUUACUGGCCAAAUAGGUUUUGUAAAGACAGGUCAUGUUAAACUGGACUUAUCUAGAAACAAGUUGUGGAGAAUGGUCACAUCUUUGCUGCCCACUGAUGAGUUAGAAGAACCUGAAUUUCAGAAAGCGCAUGAAUGUGAAAUUGCACGCUCACCUUCUAGCCCAGGAUCCACUAGCAAGAAUGGCAAGAUAGAAGAAUUGCUGAAGAACUUCAAGAAUUUGGAGGCCACUCAAGCUGAAGAGCCAACUGCUGAAGGGAAGGAAUCUGCUGGCUCUUCAAAGACUGAAAUAUUUCCUCUACCUGAAGGGCCUUGCUUCCACAUAUGUCAGGAAGAUAUUCAAGCCUCUGACUUCUUUGAGCCCUUGCUACUUUUCUUAAAUAGGAAAGAGUAUGAGAGCAACUUCAAAAGCCUGUAUAAUUUCUCUUAUUCAUUUAUAAAUAGCAUGUUUUAUGGAUUUUCAGAAGAAGAAGAACUGGUUAAUUUUUUAAGAUUAGCAAGGGAAGCAGCAAAGAAAGCAGGUCUGUCCUGGGCACUAGCAAGGCUGUGCUUUCUCUUAGGCAGGCUCAGUGUCAAAAAGCUGAAGUUUUCCCAAGCUCGUGUGUAUUUUGAGGAAGCAUUGAGAGCAGUAGCUGGAGGGUUUAGUGAUUUGUACUUUGUGAUUGCUCUUUAUACAAAUCUAACAGUCAUCUACUUGACCCAGAAGAACAAAGAAAAGUGUACUCAUAUUUUUGACAAGGCUGCAUCUCUUCUCAUGGGAAUUCCCAACUACAUUUGCAGUGCUGACCUGGAGUCAGAUAUACUGAAAUAUGCUCUGAAGAGGACAAUUUUGAGCCAGAACAAACAUGCAGAGGCAAGGGCAUGCUUUCUGCUGGCAAAACAUUACAGUGCACGCAAACAACACCAAGAGGCACUGCCAUUCUUGGAAAGGUUUCAGCUGUUGCUCAAUGACCUGGGUUUACAAAACAGUUUAUCCAACAACUGUUACUUCAAACUGGCAGAGUCCUACCACGAAAAGUGUUUGCCACACAUUGUGUUAAGUUGCAUGAAGGUUACCUCUCCCCAGAGCUCCAGUACCUUAAUGGAUUCCCUGAAAAGGAUUGAUUUAGUCAUCAAAAAUGCUCCCAAACUAUAUGGCCUGAGAAAACUCAGACAAAUAUUCCCAUCCCAAAUUGCACCUUACCUCAUACAAGCACUUUCUUCUGUCUCUACUAAUGAGGAGGAAGGACUGUGCAGCACUAUCUAUCUCAGCUUAGCAAAGCUGUACAGCCAUCACAAACAGUAUGGGAAAGCCAUUGCUUACAUGAUGAAAGCACUGGACUCUGCUUCUGCUAAGCCAGAGGAAACAAUCAACUAUUUGGUUUCACUUGCUUGGCUUUACAUUCUUUACAAGCAAUAUGAAGUGGCUUUAGCCAUUUUAAAUGCUGUUGUAGGCUCUGCAUGGAGCAGUCCUCAGCAGCUUGGCAUUGCUUACAACAUGCUUGCCAUUGCUUUGAAAAGGACAAACAACACAAAAGAAGCUGCUGAGAGCUACUACAAAGCUCUGUGUCUUUCAGAAGAGACUGACAUGGCCCAUAACCAAGCCAUAGCCCUGGCUAAUUUUGGGGCACUCUGCCUGCAUGCAGCAGCCAGCAAGCUGGCAGAACAUUAUUUUAUCAGGGCAGUUAAGCUAUUCUCCAAGCUUCCGAUUAUGGAUUGUGGUCAAGAUUUUAUCCAAGUCCUCCUUCAGCUGGGAUGUUAUUAUGUUGGUGGAACCGAAAGAGAGAAAGGAAGGUUUUAUUAUGAAUGGGCUUUUUUAGUUGCAAUGGAGACAAGUCAUCUGGAGAGUCAGCUGCAAGUGAUUAAACUGCUGUGUCAUUUCUACAGUGCAGUUGCUCCCAAUGAGACUCAGUGUGUCAUCUACAAUGAAUAUCAACUAUCUUUAGCCAGAAAAAUGUCCAACAAAGUUCUGGAGGGACAAAUUUUGGAAACUAUUAGUCAGCUUUAUUUGUCUUUAGGAACAGAAAGGGCUUACAGGUCAGCUCUGGAAUAUACCAAAAGAAGCCUUGGAAUAUUUAUAGAUCUCCAGAAAAAAGAGAAGGAGGCAUAUGCUUGGCUCCGGGCAGGAAAGAUAUAUUAUGUUCUGAGGCAGAACGAGCUUGUGGAUCUUUAUAUUCAGGUUGCUCAGGAUGCUGCUCUUUGCACAGGAGAUCCAAAUUUAGGAAUGGAAUUGUUUGAAGCUGCUGGAGACAUAUUUUUCAAUGGUACUUGGGAAAAGGAGAAAGCAGUGACUUUCUACAGGGACAGGGCUCUCCCACUUGCUGUUCAGAUGGGCAACAAAACCACUGAACUCAGAUUAUGUAAUAAAUUGGUGGAAUUGCUGAUGAAUCUGAAGGCUUACGAAGAAAGUCUGGAAUAUGCAAGAGUAGCUCUUGUCCUCAGUGUAAAAUUAGGAAAUCAGCUAAAUGAAAGAAUAGCUUACCAUCGCCUGGCAGCCAUCCAUCACCAUUUGGGUCACUGUGAACUAGCUGAACACUUCUAUUUAAAGGCCUUGUCCCUCUGUUCCUCUCCUCUGGAGUUUGAGGAGGAAACACUCUAUUAUGUCAAGGUGUACUCAAUCUUAGGAGAUAUUAUAUUCUAUGACCUUAAGGACCCUUUUGAUGCAGCUGGCUAUUACCACCUGGCACUCGCUGCUGCCAUGGACCUGGGCAAUAAAAAAGCUCAACUGAAGAUUUACACCAGACUUGCUGUGAUCUACCAUAACUUCCUCGUGGAUCGGGAAAUGUCUCUCUUCUUUUACCAAAAGGCAAGAACCUUUGCAACAGAGCUGAAUGUAAGGAGAAUAAAUUUAGCUCCUGAUCAGUGUUACAAGAGUUCAUAAGCAUUUUUGGAAAAUGCAGCCUAACUACUGCAGAAAUACCUAAGGAAAUACAGCACUGGCUUUGUAGGAGGAUGAAGGCUGCAUUCAAUGACUCAUUCAUUAUCUGUGUGCUGUAAGGUGGAGCUCCUCAUCCCAGACUAAAUUACCAGUUUAUAUGACAGUGAAUUACAUUUCAUUAAGAUACACAAUCUUGUACUUGUUAAAGAUCAGUCUGUGAACUAAAGACAAAACCCAAGUCUUUUUUUUUUAAC